CGGAGUAGACCAACGAGAGAGAGACAAACGCGCUUGAUUAAGGAAUCGGGAAGUAAGUGUGAAGCAGGAUUUGGUCAGGAAUCGGGAAGAAGUGGGAAGCAGGUUUCGUGACCAAAUCCUCCCCAUAUCUAUCUUUUUCCCCCCUUUCCGCUUCUCGGGGAUCUGCUGAUCAUAGUCGGGAGUUUUUCGUUGGAGUAAUGGAAAGGACGGCGCCGGAAAGCUUGCGCAACUCGCACCGCGUUGUUCGCGUACAAGCUCCGCUGUUUUAGGUGCUUGGAGCAUGCUUAUACUUUUCCUAUUGCAUUGCGAUGAUGGGAGAUCUACACGUGUUUUCAAAUAUUGUACUUGUUUGGUGUUUCAUGCCCUAAAAGAUGCAACCCAUGAAGUGUUCCAUUGUCAUGCUAAUUGCAGGUCGAUUCCAUUUCAUGUUACUGUAAAGUAGACACUGGUUUGAAAACAGUUGCAGGGGCUAGAAAGUUUGUUCCUGGAGCUAAGCUAUGUGGCCAACCUGAAAUUGUGCCCAUGGGACCAAGAAAACGUAUCGCACGGAAGGAGAGAAACAAAAAUCAGGGACCCCUCUUACCUGGUCUUCCUGAUGAUCUUGCUAUUGCCUGUUUGAUUCGGGUUCCUCGAGCUGAGCACCAUAACCUUCGCUUAGUUUGCAAAAGAUGGAACCAACUCUUAUCUCACAAUUACUUCUAUUCCCUCCGGAAAAAUCUAGGGAUAGCAGAGGAAUGGGUAUAUGUCAUCAGGAGAAACCGUGAUGGAAAGAUAUCUUGGCACGCCUUUGAUCCUAUCUAUCAAAUCUGGAAACCACUGCCACCCCUCCCUCCAGAUUAUUCUGAAGCACUUGGUUUUGGUUGUGCUGUUCUUAGUGGUUGCUACCUCUACUUAUUUGGAGGUAAAGAUCCAUCAAAGGGAUCAAUGAGGCGUGUUGUUUUUUUCAAUUCUCGGACAAACAAAUGGCAUAGAGCUCCAGAUAUGCUCCGAAAACGCCAUCUUUUUGGCUCAUGUGUUGUAAACAACUGCCUUUAUGUUGCUGGUGGUGAAUGUGAAGGGAACCAAAGAAUUCUUCAUUCAGCUGAGGUAUAUGAUCCUAACAAAAACAAGUGGACAUUCAUUGCUGAAAUGGGCACUGCGAUGGUGCCCUAUGUGGGGGUUGUUUACGAGGGCAAAUGGUUUCUCAAAGGGAUUGACUCUCACAACCAGGUUGUGAGUGAAGUUUACAUACCUUCUACCAACUCCUGGUCCACCAGUCAUGGUGGGUUGAUUACCGGCUUGAGAAAUCCCUGCAUUUCAUUAAAUGGAAGGCUUUUUGCAACAGAUUGCAGAGAUGGCUGCAAGCUUAGAGUCUUUGAAUGGGCGACAGAUUCUUGGAGCAAGUUCGUCGACAGCAAGCAUCAUCUAGGAAAUUCUCAGGCCUAUGAAGCUGCAUCAUUUGUUUCUCUUGAUGGUAAGCUCGGUAUCAUCCGAAACAACAUGAGCAUCGGUAUUGUUGAUGUUGCAAAUCCAGGAAAUAACAUAGAGACAACUAGUGCUCGUGUAUGGGAGGCAAAUGUAGGGAAAGGACAACUGAAGAACUUUGUAGCAAGUCUUUGGUCCUCAAUUGCAGGUCGUGGUGGAUUGAAGGGUCAUAUUCUACACUGUCAGGUGCUUCAAGCUUGAUGACUCAUGGAAGAAGUGGAAGUAGUUCCUCGAUCGACCCACUACCCACUACCCACUAGUGUUACUACAUUGUCUGGUGGCUUUUAGCUGCAAGUUCUUCGUUCUCCUGCAUAUCAUGGUUUUCUUUUGACAUCUCAAGUAUUCUAUAUUGGAUGGUUGGAGAAUGCUAUUACUCCAUCAACUUGUGGGAACAAAAAGAUGCAUCAUUUCAGACUGGAACUAAGUAGGAAAUUUUGCAAUAUUCUAUGCGCAGUUUACGCACUGCAUUGAAUGGAAGCAGCAGCAAGGAAAUCCACAAAGUGUGAGUUGGUGGUUGUAGCUGUUUCCAUUCUUGAUUGCAGGCCAGCGAUAUAUAGUAUAUUUGAGUGAUGCCGUCCAGCCUAAAUUUACAAGUAUAUGCAUUGUUCUUAUGCACGUCUUGAUUUACUCAGAUCAUAUAGAUGAAGUUUCAUUGGAAAUUGUCCGCUUGUAUUAAUCUCCUCAUAUUGUCUUUAUAUCCUGUUUUACAUUGUAGUAUCUGUUGGAAAUUUUUGAUUAAAUCCAUUCAACAUGAUCGAGUCUA